UGUUCCCUCUCUGUUCCCCACUGUAACGGUCACUGCUUGUAUUUGAGUUUCGUGGCGUGAGCCGCCACAGGUGAUCUCCUCUCUCUCGCUCUCUUUCGCUCUCUCUUUCUCUCUCGUUCACCUCCUCUUUUUGGUUUCCUGCACUUUUCACCGACUUCCUCUUGAGAGGAGAGUCAGAUCCCCAGAGGAGCCAAGUGAAAGAAAAAAAAGAAGCUUAAGCCAUGUGUUGUACAGGAAAGUGCGCCCGCCUGGUGGGCCUGAUCCUGCUGCCUUCAGCCUUCAUCUGCAUCAUCUCCAACUUGCUUCUUUUCUUCCCCGACGGGAAGCAACUGAACACCAGUGAGAUCUCCACCGAGGUUUGGCUCAUGGGGGGGCUCCUCGGAGGAGGCCUGAUUAUGCUGUGUCCGAGCUGUUCAGCUAUCAGGGCCGGGGGCAAGGGUUGCUGUGGACAAGGUUGCUGUGGCAACCGCUGCCGGAUGUUCAGCUCGGUCAUAUCCUCCGCCGUCGGCGUUCUUGGAGGGAUUUACUGCACUAGUGUCGCCUCAGCUGGGUUGGCUGUUGGACCCAAGUGCCAGGUGGAAAGUGGCCACUGGGAGUACCCCUUUAAAGACACGGGCAAGGGCAAUGGGAGCUACCUUGUAAACCAGGAUUUGUGGACUACAUGUGUGCACCCUAAAAACAUAGUGCUGUGGAACAUCGUUCUGUUCUCCAUCCUGCUGGCCAUGGGCUUGCUGCAGAUUGUGCUCUGCGGCCUCCAGGCGAUCAACGGCUGUUUGGGAUGCAUCUGCGGGGACUGUCGGGACAGCAAAGACGAUGAAAGUGGACUGUAAGCGUGACGAAGACAAUCCUGCUGUGACGGCCCACAAAAGGGCCCCACACUUUUCUCCAUUGGUGCCAAUUCUGUGAAGAAGCUCAUCGACUCGCUUUUGUUUCCUCUUUCCAGAAUGUGUCGAAACCGAACUCCAUUAUUUUGUGAAUUUGCAAUCUUCUUGUUUGUUUCUCCCGAUUUAAUUCCUUUAACUGAAAUAAUUUAUUAAAUAAGGAGUAAUUUCUGUGCUGAGGAAUCAACACAGGACGGAUAUGAAUAAAUUGUAAAUAACUGUUUUAUUUGGGCUUACACUGUAUACCAGGUAAAGGUGACAAAUGUGAUCAAAGCUAUAAAAAAAUAAAGGCAGCAUAUUUUUAAAUGAC